CAUAACAACUUCAUCACAAUCUGGUGAACCUCAACGACCAAAAAACAUUUUCAGUCUUUCCAGUACUUUAUUACAACGCGUCGGGAUAACACGCAUUUUAUCGGUCCGUCGAAUUGGGUAUAUAAAACGAAGAUGAAACAUUAAUAUAUCAAGAAGUGGAUCCUAUCUCGAUAAUAUUAUAAAUGAGUUCACCUGUCACAAAUUGACUGGAUUAUCGGAUUAUGUUAUGCACACAGUGAAAAAAGAUUGUUUUAAAAGGAAAACCGAAGGGUGGAUGUGGAUAAAUUUUCGAUUACAAUAUUUUGUUGUUCGUGAAUAAAUAUAAUAGAAGAAAAAAGCGAAGAAGAGAAAAUUGUGUUAAAAAGAGCAUGUUGUGGGUGGUAAAUGUUGAGCAGAAUUCCUUCAACGAAGAGGUGAAGUGAUAUUGAAUGAAAAUCUUUUACAAUUUUUUUUUAUUUUAAAUCAUGCUGUAGCAGUGUUGUAGUUUUUCGUUCCGUUCUAAAUACGAAAGAAAAAACGGAACUCAUUGUAGUGUCGUGAAAGUUUCUAAUUAACGGGAAAAUACUUUAUAAAAAUAUAUAAAAAACACACAAAAUCAUUAAAAAAUUUAUUCAAAAUGUUGCUGUUGAACACGGUGAAGCUGGUGUUAAUUGCAAUGAAUAUUUUGCCGUACAGGAUUACUCACAGGAAGGUGCUGUUUAUGAUAUACCUGGGAACACUUGUUACACACGUUAUGAUGGAUGAACCACGGUUCGCGCAGCCAAUCCCAAAUGUCACAGUUGCUGUGGGCAGAGAUGCUAAUUUACCUUGCGUUGUAGAGCAUCUCGGUACUUACAAGGUGGCAUGGAUUCACAUAGAUAGGCAAAUGAUAUUGACGAUACAUCGGCAUGUUAUAUCUCGAAUACCAAGAUACAGCAUCACAUAUGACAAUGCUAAUACAUGGCUUUUACACGUCAGUCAAGCACAACAGGAUGAUCGAGGAUACUACAUGUGUCAAGUAAAUACCAACCCGAUGAUAAGUCAAGUGGGAUAUUUACAAGUUGUCGUGCCACCGAAUAUUUUGGACAUUGAAAGCACUCCAUCAUCGGUAGCAGUGAGGGAAAAUCAAAACAUUAACAUGACAUGCCGCGCUGAUGGGUUCCCAGCACCAAAGAUAAUCUGGCGCCGUGAAGACGGAGAAUCAAUAACAGUUGAACGGAAAAAGAAAGGCAAAAAUUCUCCAAUGGUAUACGAUGGUGAAGUUUUACCCCUGUCAAAAGUAAGCCGAAAUGAAAUGGGGGCCUAUUUAUGUAUAGCUACGAACGGAGUGCCUCCCUCUGUGUCAAAGAGAAUUAUACUUGACGUAGAAUUUUCUCCGAUGAUAUGGGUACCAAAUCAACUUGUAGGAGCUCCAACUGGAACAGAUGUUACAAUUGAUUGUAAUACAGAAGCACAUCCCAAAGCAAUAAUAUACUGGAUUUAUAACUCCACCAUGCUGUUGCCGAGCAAAAAAUACAAAAUCGACUACACCGAAAACUCCUACAGGGCACACAUGAAACUAACGAUAAAAAAUUUACAACACGACAAUUUCGGUAACUAUCGUUGCAUCAGUAAGAACAGCCUGGGUGAAACGGAGGGAUCGAUACGAGUCUAUGAUAUACCAUUGCCAUCAUCCCCUUCAAAACAGAUAACUCAUGUGUUUCCCGAACCAAAAGAAAAUUCGGUACUACGAAACGAUUCAACAAGAAUUGUUCAACCGGAAGUGGUUUUUCCAAUGCGGUCAGAAAGUCAUGGAUCACCGAAUGGACCAAUCGAAAGAAAGGGAACGGUGGCAAUCGGUCAAAGUGUAUUUUAUACAGAUUUUCCACCGAAAAAGUACGGUCAUUCAGGCUCAAACUCAAUAAAAGUGGUACAUCAUUUACAGAGAUGCUGGCAUUUAUUAUGUUUGUUGUUGGUGUGUAAAAUGUGUUGCUAAGAAUUCCAAAAAAAAAUUGAAAAUUUAGUGAUAUUAAAGUAAAUAGAAAAAAUUAAUAAAAAAAACAAACAAAAAACCAAAACAAAAAUUUAGAUAAAAAUAUCAACUGGAAAUUCAACCAAAAAAAAAAACAAAUCACUUUGUAUAAAACACUACGGAUUGGUGCAUUGGGUGUAGAAUACUGGCAGUUUGUAAGUGAAAAAUUGUAAAAUUUAAUUUUAAUAUUUUUUUUUGGAAACUUGCGAAACCAAAACGAAAGCUCUUCUUUAAAAUUUAUAUUGAAAGUGAAAAUAUUGUAUGAGUAGGCGCACGGCACCCUCAUAGUUCAACGAUCCAUUUAAAACCAUAUCUUUGAAUAUAUCAGACUUUUGUAUAAACAUUUUCAAUUGUCGUAACACUGACAAAUUCGACGAUUUAAUAGUAUAUUAUAGCACAAGUAGUUUGUUUUAGUAUCCCAGUUAGUAGUGAGAUACUUUUUAAUCCGAAGGAUAUCUGCAUUAUGCCGGGUUAUUAUACGAAUAUUCGUCAGACAAGAAUCUCAAACUUGAACAGGAGUGAAAUUACUGAUCACAUACUCUAUUAUCUAUCAAUUGUACCAAUAUUACAAUGAAAUAGUUAUUUGUUUACCAAGGCAAGAAAAUUUCAACAAGAGCAAAAGUUUGCAGUCAUAGCGAAGCCAGCGAGCAGUUUUUCAAAACAAAAACAAAGUGACUGUUGCAAACAGAGCCGGAUUAACACGAUGGGCUUUAGGGGCUUAGCCCCUUGGCGCUGGAUAAAAGUGGCGCUGGAAAAUUAAUAAUGAAUCGUGUUAAGUUUACUGGUUUCAUUAAAAUAAACUACUUUUACCGAUAUUUGAAAAAAAAAUUCCUGCGGCGCAAUUAAAAAGAUAUGGCAUCACAGUUUUUACAUUUUCUUGUUUGGAAAUUCCUGAUAUCCACUGUAUCCAGAAUACUGGGAAAUCAGGAAAAUUAAACUUCAAAUUCUUGAUUGGCAUUUUAUUUCCGAUAAGAAAAUCAGUUUUAUCAUCGGGAAAUUUCAGCUCUCAGCAUACUCGUUUAGUAGUAGCAUAUGUCCUACAAAAGUCAUUUAGAGGUAAUAACAUGGCAGAUGUAAAAUUGUUAUUCAAAAUCAAUCCAGGGUAUCGACGAAUUUUGUCUAAGAAUUCAUUCACGAAACCAUGAAAGAAAAAUAAAGUUGCACACGGAAUGUAUCGUUCUUGAAAGUUUCGUGAUGGAAAGAAUCUACAAAUUCUUUGCUCGCUUCGCUCGCGGUUACUUUCUCCUUCCUUUCAGUUUUAAACGAAUAUCAGCAAAAUGAAAAAAACUAGGCCCACCUUACGGGUAGGUCAGGUCCUUUCACUGACUGAAUUUUUCAACCAAUUUUUGCGAUUGUUAUA